UCUCGCGUUCUUUUCCACUACUCAGUCGGCUGACAAUAUCGAAUACAACAGAACGGAUAGAAAACCAUCAUGUAUAUGGAAGAAAUCCAAAGAAGUAUCGUUGAUUAUUGAAUUUUCUCAUCUUGUUGAACUCAUCCAGUAUAAUUUUCUAAAUCAUCAUAAAUAUCAUCUUCAUCAGAAUAGAUAUAAUCGAUUGAAUCAUCCACAUAGGAUUCUUCAUCAGAAUCAUAAUUAAUACGGCAAGACAACAACAACAACGUAGAAAUGGACCAAGGCAAUUAAAAUUAAAUGAUUUUAUGCCACCACAUUUACGUGACAUCUCAACAUUAAAAGAGCCAAAUCUUCCAUUGGAUUUUAAUUUAAAAGUUUCUGGUUAUACAGGAACAACAAAUACAAGAUCUACUACACCAAUUAAUGUUUUAACACAACAACCAAGAAACUUUUCAACACAAAUCAUAACAACAAAUAAUACAGCACAACCAUUUCAUGUUAAUAAUAAUAUUUUCUUAAUAACCAUACAACAAGAUUUGUUUUUGAAUUGGAUCAAGUUAAUAUUAUUAUAUUCAACAAUGACAAACUAUUCGAAAAUUCCUGUAAUAUUUAUAUACAAAACAGUUGUUUUAUUUUUUAUUGAUGAUGAUUUAUUGCGAAAGGAAAUGCUCGGACCUGAUGUCCGCUUGCACUGCAAUAUAAAAAGAAAAAAUGUAAAAUUGAUAGAGAGAUUAACACAUUUUUGUUUUGACAUUUAA